AUGGAGCCUGUCGUUCACGACAAGCGGAGGGGGUCCGACCGCUGCAGGUUCUACCCAACACAGACGGGGCCUCCUGAUGACAUCCUCUUGAAGAUCGAGCGCCAGCAAAAGAUCGAUGAGGCACUUCAGCAAGAGGCGCAAGCACACCACCAAGACGCCGAGGACCUCAAUGAGGAACAUGUCACCUCCUCAUCAGAAGACGACCACAACCGUGACAACCACGAUGGCGACGACCACGACCACGACGACCAUGACGACCAUGACGACCACGACCACGACCACAAUGGGCGCGACGACGGCCACGGGCGCGACAGCGACAAUGACCACCACCGCGACGACCGCAAGAGCGACAAUGAAGAUUCAGACCGCCGCCGCAGCCACCACCCCAAUACCCCGAAGAGGAAAAGAAAGGACAACCGUGGGGAGAAGGAGAAAAGGCACAGGGCGGACGAGGUGUACAAUGGUGAGACUACGGUUGACCUUGAAGAAGCGAACGUUGUGGUUUGGAAUGUCGGUGUGGUGGGCCAUAGUAUCCACGUCGCCACCGUGAAGCUCGAACAAGGCAUGGUCAACCUGACGAGGAUCAGCGCGAUCGCCACGCGCUACACACACCAUCGGAUCAUGGAGAUGCAGCUGUGGGAAGCCUUUGAUUGGCAGGCCCUUCUGCGUACGAAGAUCCGACUAGAGCCAUAUCACACGGGAUGGAUAUGGGUGCGUGCGCAGGCGGGAGAGUGCUUCGAAUUCGGCAUCUACGCGCGGAUGUGGGAGGAAAGUGUGGGCAGAUCAUCUCACUGGAAAGAUGUCAUACGGGUGAUGAUGCGAGACGCUACCGACGACGUUCCUUUGGUGAUCCAGUGGCACAAGGCCCGGGUGUUUGUCGACCACGCCGACGAGAAGACGCUCACCUCUUCGCUCAAGUCCACUCUCGACGACAAAGGCACGCUGUAUAUAUGGUCUCCCAGCCGCUCGUCCUUCACGUCCACCUCAACUCUGCAUGACGCGCUGUGGUUGGUCGCUGACGCGGUUCACGGUGGUGCUAUAGUCCUCAUAAGAACCCAACAUGCGAACCUGGACGGCUGGGGCAUUGCGUUGGACGCAUUAGAACUCGCGCGACGGAUCACCCGCCUCAUUGAGCUGAAGAAGGAGAGACAAGAUAAAGAGCAGGAAUCAGACAGCGACAGCGACUACGACUGUGGGGGGUGCGGCACACGCCUGGGGAUGUCUGCGUCCGAAUGA